GGAAAGGCAUUCGUGCGGGCGCGUCUCUUUUUCACUCGUUCGUUUGAAUUAUCCAAAGUGUCAGUGAAAAUGUUUGUCUUAAAAAUUUUCUGAGAGUGUUGACGGCACUUCCGUCGAUUCUACGAGUGAAAAUACUGUCUGUACAAAUAUGCCAGCGGCUUCCUCGAUUUAUUGGGACUCGGUGGACUCUCAGAGGUCUUCGGGGAGUUCUGCAGACGCCGGAAGCAAUCGGCAGUACGUGGACCCCUGGGACCUUGAGAAUUACGCGUAUUUGAGGAGGCACAGUGUCGCCGCACCCCCGCAGAAGCAUCAGCCACCCCCGAGGACUUCUUACAGUCGAGUCUCUCAUAGGAGGAGUGAAACAGAACCCGAAUAUUGGUAUUCUCCACGAGAGCCCAUCAGAGAACCCGGAUACCAUGCCCCAGCAUCAGUAGAGGAACUCUAUUUCGGACCACCUCGGCAGACCCAGAGCUCCUACUACCAACCAAUUUACGAGGAUGAAAUCCCUCGGUAUACUGCACCAGUUUAUGCACCACUCUCCGACCUCGAUUAUGGGAAACACUACGAGGAUAGCCGGACGAAGGAGGUGCUCCGCAGGAGGAAGCUCUCGCGUGUAAGAACGCCUGCAAGAGGGGAUUGCAUCCAUCACAGCACGUCGAGUGAACUGCGACGAGAGCCUGUCGAGGAAGCGCCCCGCAAGAUGACCUCAAGCGAAGAGGAGUGUUACGUAGAAGUAAUACCUCCUUCGAAGUUGGGAUUAAACACCUAUGGCCAUCUCAAAAUUGACUACAGCAACAGCUGGAAUUCCCUGCAUCGAAAAAUUUCUAAAUGACGCGUCUUUUAAUUUUGAUGAUCGAAAGCUUUAUUACUUUAUAAAUUACGUUUUACAUAACCGUGGAGAUUUUUUUACUCAUGUCUAAUGAAUUAAUUUCGGAAUUAAUGUAUUGUACAUAGAGAAAUACACUUAGUACCUUUUUAGAAUUAAAUUUCUAAUUUGCUAGAUCGUGAGAUAGUUAUCAUGUGUUACUUGUAAUGAUGUCUAAUUGU